AUGGAGGCCGCGCCGAUGCGGAUGCUGCCGGAGGAGGAGGAUGCCACCCGAGCGCCGGUCGCGGAGACCCCGCUCCUGGGCAGCCACUUCGAGCCGGAGGAGCCGGAGCACGUGGAGGAGGAACCACAACCAAAGGGCCGCGUCGUGCCGCCACCACCAAACGCGUUCUCCGAGGCCGAAGCUUUACGCUGGCCGGCGAUCCGCGAGGCGUUAUCAGAUGAGACAAGACAAUGUGUCGGCCAGGGCCUGGCCGUGCGCGUCGUGCGCGGCUACGCCGCGGCGUCCGACACGCCGCCGAAGGUCGCCGAGGUCCUCGAGAAGACCGUAGCGUGGCGGCGCGAGUACGACGUCGACGCCGCGCUCACGAAGCCGGCGCCGGCCUGGGAGGCCUACCAGCGGCUCUGGCCCUGUGUCGUCCACGGGAAGGAUGAGAACGGCCGUUUAGUUGUGUGCGAGCGAUUUGGCGCUAUGGACGUCCCCCAACUCCUGGAAGAGGUCUCAAGGGACGACAUGAGAAGAAACCGGGCCCAGACCCUGGAAAUUGUGGAAGCUUUACAAGCUCGAGCGUCGGCGAAGCAUGGCACGCCCGACCGCACGGAGCACGUCCACGUGUUUGAUUUGAGCGGUCUGCGGAGGAGGGAUCUAGGACUCAAAACGCUGAACGCCAUCAGAGAUAUGGUCGGCCUGUCGCUCGACCACUACCCGGGAGCGAUGGAGACGCUGUAUGUCACGAACACGCCCGUCGUCUUCCAGAUCGCGUGGCGGAUCAUCAAGCCCAUGCUGCCCGCCGAGGUUCUGGCCCGGGUCCAUCUUUGUGGCGGCGCCAAGGAAUUUUUACCGGAGAUGAUCAGCGCGGGCUGCCCUUUGUCUUCAAUUCCGAGCUGGAUGGCCGUGCCCAAGCAAAAACUGAAGGGCCAGCAUGUUGGUGUAUCUGUGGAGGACUACGUGCGUGCCAUCGAGGCCGGUACUUCAUCAUUACCGCAGGAGACGUCGCUGCGGCUCCGCCGUGAUGGUGACGACGGGGACGUCCUCGACGGUUCAAAUGGAGGCCCAACCAUUUUAAAAAGGGGCCGCGUCUGCAAGCGCGGCCGCCGCACCAACGCCGUGAACCCGAACCACGUCGAAUUAAUAUUGUACGCGCCGGGGCGCCUCGCGUGGUCGCGCAAGAGCGGGUCCAUCACGAGCGUCGCCGUCGCGAAAUGUGAUUUGCGGCGGCCCGGCUCGCACACUUUUAUCAUAGAGACGCCGUUCGGCCACGAGCGGGGCUUCCGCUGCGAGAAAACCGAGGACGCGCUGGCCUGGGUCAACGAGAUCAACGCGAUUCUAACGGCGGCGCCGUGCUCGCCGGGCUUCCGGCCGGAGCACUUCGCGCAUACUCCUAUACCGCCGUGGCGGCGGCGCCUGCGCAACUUCCUGUUCUACGCGUUGUUUGGGAUCGUUCUCGCGAAGCUGAUCUACUUGACCCACUGGCUGCAGUGGCGGGUCCUGAAAUUGACUUUAGCCAUCUACGUCAUGUCGCUGGUCUGCGGCUUCUUCAACCCCAUCGAGGCGCUGCUCCACCGGAACCCGCAUCUCAUUCCCGCAUGA